AGAGCAUCAUGAGGCUAGUAUUUUCCAUUACUUUAUUUUUGUGCGCGUGUGAAUUUGUGACAUGUGCCAAUAUUUUCGCUGUUAUACCCUCCCCAUUCUACAGCCACCAAGCUACGUUUAGGCCUUUAUGGCGGGAGCUGGCUAAGAAAGGCCACAAAAUCACACUAAUCACCACAGACUUGAUGGAAGCCAAUGAAAACAUCACUCAAAUAGAUUACCACGGUUGUUACGAAGUUUUCGAGAAGAACAGUUUCGGCAACUUACUCAAAAAAGGCCUUAAGGUCCUCGAUGCCCUCCUAAUGUUCAAGGAUUUGAUGAGGGCCACUCUAGACUACCAGUUUUCCCAACCCCAACUCGUGGAGAUGCUGAAAAACAACAGAACUUUCGAUCUUAUGAUGGUGGAGCUUGCACAACCUGGGUGGCCACUGCUCAGCUACAAAUUCAAGUGUCCCUACAUCGGUUUGACCAGUAUGGACACAUACUCAACACUCCACGCAGCAGUUGGUAACGCUGUUCAUCCUGCCAUAUAUCCUUCCGCAGACUUCGGUUUCCAAGAAGAACUCUCCUUCAAAGACAGACUUUUGAGCACAUUCUUGACUGUCUUGGGAGAGAUGGUGUUCAGAUUUUUCUUCACCCCUUUCACAGACAACUAUUUGAAGACUGUUAUUGGGGAUGAUUUGCCCACUAGCGAGGAGACAUUCAAGAACAUGAGUAUGCUGUUUGUUAAUGCGAAUCCCAUAUUUUUCCCGAUAAGACCAGUGACACCUGUCACUGUCAAUUUGGGAGGCGGUCUCCAUUUGACGCAUCAGAAGAAGCUACCAGAGGUGAGAUUUUUGAAGAAUAAAAUCUUAUGUUAUUUUAUGCCCUGAUAAGAAUCUGAAGGUAGAAUCAUAUUUGUUAGGUUUUUCUUUGAAAUCUAGUGUCAUGAUGAUUUCGUAGAUUUCAAGGUUUAAUGGUAUUCUACACAGAAUACAAUAUAUUUCAAGUAGUGAGAUAACCAAGGAAUGAAAAAUCGCUUACAGAUAUACGAAAUUAUAAUAUAAUGAUCACAAUUUAU